AGGACACACCGAGAACGUAAAGAACUAUACAUAAAGGCGCUCGAGGACGAGGUGCUGCGAUUGAAGGAGAUUUAUAGCAACGUCUCGCAAGACAAGGACAAGCUCGCCGAUGAAAACAGGCAGCUCAAGACCCUCUUACAACAGAACGGCAUCUCGCUCGGCGUAGCUGCCGGCUUAGACGAAGUCGGCAACGGCUUAAGUCCCGGGUAUACGUCUAGCGGUAGCAUCUCGGGUAGCUAUGCGCCCGGAAGCUCUAAUACGGCGUAUACCCCGCCAUUGACGUCGAUAUCAAGCCCCCCGUCGAUGUCUUUAUCAUCACAAGGCAUUGCAGGCCAGCCCGGAGCUCGCCAGCAGCAGCAACAACCGCCUGCGCAGAAUCGUGUGGAUUACGAACAAGCUGGGAUAGAUUUCGUCUUAACGCUCGAGAGGCCCUGCAUGGACCAUAUGCCGUGGCUGCUGGAGCGCGCGUGCGACACGGCGGGCGACGCCUGCGGCCACGCGCUCAUGGCGUCGUGUCCCCCGGAGCCGUUCCCAGAGCUAAACGACGAGAUCCCGUUCGGGUAUGCACCUACCCAGCCCGCAUCCUCCACCACCAAUCCCCUUGGUAAGGAGCAGCAGCAGCAGCCACAGGCCCCCCAAUCGGAACCACGCACGUGGGAAUUGUCCAAGGGCGACCUUACUACCCUUCUUGACUUGAGCAAGAAAUUGGACCUCGAUGGGGAGAUUACCCCUGUUAUGGCCUGGGGUAUGGUGCUUGCGCACCCGAGGCUGACGGACCUUAAGAGGGAGGAUUUCGAGAGGUUGAUCGACGAUCUCAAGGGUAAAGUCCGGUGUUACGGAUUCGGAGCUGUGAUGGAGGAGUUCGAGGUGCGGGACGCUCUCAAUGCCGUGUUCUCAGCGAAGCCAGAGGUGGGCAUAGCCUAUUAGAUGAAUUGGGGCUGGCUACUCCAACACUGCCUCAACACACCUAUUUUUAAUAUCCAUGAGUUACCUUGUAUAUGUUUUAUAGGUUAAUGCGACGUUGAUGAUAGCGAUUGUAAUAAUGGCGAUCAUUGCGGUUGCGAUAAUGGGGAUAGGAUCGUCGAGAGGUUGUACAUCUCGAUACUUGUAUGCGAUAUGUGCGAUAUGCAUUGCAGAUACGGAGAAUUAGAGGUCUAUUCCAUCAAUUACAGUAUUUUCAACUGUCAGGGGACAAAUAUCGGCUAUUGCACAUUUCUACGCAUCACCCAUAAUAUGCUUAGGUAUUCACGUGUAUGGUCGUUUUGUAUGUGCAGAUAUCUACCAACCUAGGUAGUUGCAGGAUCGAGGCUGAUUCUCCAAGGUAUGUGCAUCGCUGAAUGGCCAAUACAGUAGCUGGCGUGGCAGUGUGUCAGCAACAAAUCAUCCAAUGGG